AUGAUUCCGAUUCUUCGAUGGUUAGAUGCCUACGUUAGUUCCCACUACGCAUAUCCCACAGUUUCAAUCAUUUUUAUUAAGCGAUGCAAAGUAACAUAUCUUCUUUGUACAAAAGUUGUGCAUGCAAUUGUUGAUCAAGUUUAUACAACAGUUUUAUUUAACUUCCCAAAGGAAAUGGGCAUCACUGAUGAUGACAAAAUUAAUCAUUUACAACAUUGA